AUGAAGCGACGAAAAAAGAGCAAGAAAGUUCGUAUUCGCUUUGACAUGAAUACCACUGCAAGGAUGAAUCGGGGAUCCAGAGAAGAGCUCCUGGGGAGCUCUCAGGAAGCCCUCAGGAACAGCCAGCACGAUUUACGUCAGGUUUACGAAAAACCACUAACAAAGGAGGAAAAAUCGUUUCUACUGAACGCCGAUCGUGGAGACUACGCUACUGUUAAAAAAUUGAUUGAUCAAUAUGCAUCGAAUCCGGAAAUAUUCGACAUAAAUUGUGUGGACCCCCUGAACCGGUCAGCACUAAUAGCGGCCAUAGAAAAUGAAAAUAUAGAACUCAUCAAGUUGCUUCUGGCAUCUGGUAUCAAAGUUAAGGACGCGCUUUUACAUGCCAUCAAAGAAGAAUACGUGGAAGCGGUUGAACUGCUGCUGCAAUGGGAAGAAGAGUACCAUGUUCCCGGUGAACCAUACAGCUGGGAAUCAGUUGAUACCUCGGCGGCCACCUUCACUUCAGACAUAACACCGCUAAUCCUGGCUGCACACCGCAACCACUACGAAAUCCUCAAGAUCCUGCUAGACAGAGGCGCCACUCUGCCUGUGCCACACGACGUCAAGUGCGGCUGCGACGAAUGUGUUAAGUCGUCUCAAGAGGAUUCCUUGCGUCACUCUCAAGCGCGCAUCAACGCAUACCGGGCGCUCAGCUCGCCCUCUUUAAUUGCUCUCUCCUCCGCCGAUCCCCUUCUCACAGCUUUCCAGCUUUCUUGGGAACUGGAUCGACUUAGUAGAAUGGAGACCGAAUUUCGAGUUGAAUAUAAGGCCUUAAGGCAACAGUGUCAAGAGUUCGCAACUUCCCUACUGGACCACACGAGAACCUCUCAGGAACUGGAAAUCAUGCUCAACUACAACCCCUGGGACACGGACUGCUGGGAACCAGGGGAACGCCAAACGCUGGGUCGACUCAAAUUAGCUAUUAAAUAUAAACAAAAGAUGUUUGUGGCUCAUCCAAACGUACAACAACUACUAGGAGCGAUUUGGUAUGAAGGUCUCCCCGGAUUCAAAAGGAAAAACAUCGUUGGCCAAUGUGUGCAGGUUGCAAAACUAGGAUUUAUGUUCCCCGUAUACUGCACUAUCUAUAUGCUGAACCCCGAUUCGGAGUACGGCAAAUUCAUGAAAAAACCAUUUGUUAAAUUCAUUUGUCACAGUUCAUCCUACAUGUUAUUUCUAUCUUUACUUUCAUUAGCUUCACAAAGAGCAGAAUUUUUAGUACUGGAAUGGUCUGGAAUCCGAUGGCUUCAGGAACUGGUGGCGCAUUGGAAGGCGCACGAGAGAGGCGCCCUUCCAGGACUGAUCGAAUUUACCGUCAUCAUCUUCAUAGCAAGUUUGAUUUGGGCAGAAAUACGAUCAUUAUGGAGCGGCGGAUUGAUGGAAUACGUCAGUGAUUUAUGGAACAUUGUCGAUUUUAUCACAAACAUAUUCUAUAUUGCAUGGAUCAGUUUACGAUUUUCGUCUUGGUAUAUAGUGCAGCGAGACUAUCGUGCCGGCCUCAACCCUUGGUACCCCCGCGAACGUUGGGACUCCUUUGAUCCAAUGCUGCUAUCUGAAGGUGCAUUCGCUGCUGGCAUGAUUUUCUCCUUCCUAAAACUGGUCCACAUUUUCUCCAUCAACCCUUACUUGGGACCUCUGCAAGUGUCUCUUGGACGAAUGAUAAUCGAUAUUAUAAAGUUCUUCUUCGUGUACAUGUUGGUGUUAUUCGCUUUCGGAUGCGGAUUAAAUCAACUUAUGUGGUACUACGCCGAACUGGAAAAGAACAAAUGUUACCAUACGCCGAGUGGAAUACCCGAUUUCGAUAACCAAGAACGUGCCUGCACUAUCUGGAGACGAUACGCAAACUUAUUCGAAACAUCUCAAUCACUCUUCUGGGCGUCUUUUGGCCUGGUGGACCUGACAACCUUCGAACUGACAGGCAUCAAGAGUUUCACCAGGUUCUGGGCGCUCCUCACUUUCGGAUCGUACUCCGUUAUCAACAUCAUUGUGCUGCUGAACAUGCUUAUUGCUAUGAUGUCCAACUCCUAUCAAAUUAUCUCGGAAAGAGCUGACAUGGAAUGGAAGUUCGCUAGAAGCAACCUCUGGAUGUCUUACUUCGAAGAUGGCGAUACAGUACCACCACCGUUCAACAUUGUCCCCACUCCGAAACAUUUCAAAGGCUGGAUCGAACGCUGCUGCUCCAAAAGGGAUCGGGGUUCUAUUCUUAACAAGUCUCGUGAAAAGGCACGCCUGGAGCACGAAGCAGUGAUGCGCGUGUUGGUCCGCCGCUACGUGACGGCGGAACAGCGUGCGCGUGACGAUGUCGGAGUGACGGAGGAUGACGUGAUGGAGAUCAGACAGGACAUCUCUACGCUGCGAUUUGAACUGAUCGAUAUACUGCACAAUAACGGCAUGAAGACUCCGAGGGUUAAUAUGCAAGACACUACAAUAUCUGGGAAGAAAGGCAAAGUUAUGGAAAGAAGAAUUCUCAAGGACUUCCAGAUUGGCAUCGUAGAAGGCAUAAUAAAGGAUGUUAUAUCAAGAGAGAGCAAGCCUAAGGAUGUAUUUAGCCAAAUCGCGAAGGCCAUAGUUAGGAAAGGCAGCACUGAGAGUAAAAAACGUGAUUGGAACACUCUUGUGCGAACAAACACGACCCGAAAGGACCCGAUUGGUAGAACAUCUGAAGCGGAAACCAAACGAAGCCGGCAAUCCCUCAGGGCUCAUAUCUUGGAUAACGUGCAGGGUAGGACAAUUGAUCCACAGAAACUACUCGAAUAUAAUCCGAACCUAUCCGCGGUUAACCCAACUGCAAGAGUGGCGUACGCCAAGUUCAUGAGGAGCAAGAUUAAGUCAGAUUUUACUGAUAAGCAGAACAGAGGGUCAGAAGGCGAAGCCAGUCUAGAAGACGAAGUGUUUGAAGCGCCAAACGCAACCACAUCUACCAGAAAAAGCGGCAAAACCUUCCGUGCGAGAACACCAAUUCCAGAAAGUUCGGAAGAUCCAAACUUAAAAGACAACAAAAUUAAAGUGGAAGCUGACAUUGAAGGAAAAGCAUCAGAAGUUGGAUCAGCGCAGGGAAAAGCAUUAAAACCAGCAUCACAAGACACGUCUACAUCUAGUACACCCAAACAAGAUACAAGCGAAAAACCUGCCAAAUCUGAACCGAAGGAUCAUGUCAUACAAAUAGAAGAACCAGAAGCUGGCAGUCCUUCAAAGAAUUUAUACAUUACAAAGGAAGAAGAUUCAAAUCUUCAAAAACCUAUUAAACCAACCGCAAGCCCAGCUGCGAAACCUGAACAAAUUUUGUCAGUAGCUACCCUCGAGGCGGCACAUAAAGAAGCAACAAUUCCGGAAUCGAAACCAUCAUCAACAACUCCUACAACAGAACCUAAGCCACCAGCUGUAGUGAUAUCGACAGUAGAUGAGGGCCCAUCUACGAGUGCACCAAAGCCCUCAACAAGUAGUGCGAAGCCAGCCCCAAGUAAGCCACUCCCCAUGGCUGGUGAUAAAGGCAGAUCUAAAGUUACCGGAAAAAUUAUAUCUGGUUGGCUUUAG